AUGCGAUCGCGGCAAGCAGCCUUGAAUCAGACUUUGACCGAGAUGCGGAUCGAGGAACUUGAGUCGCAGCUGAAAGAGCUGAAAAUUGCUGUCGACGGUCUACCCGAGGAUUGGGAACCACCUCUCAAGCGCAAAUACCCCAUUAAUCUCCACGAAACUCAUCGCGUCGGCCCAGAGCAAUUCCACAUGACAAGGUCCAAGACCAAACAACCUCCAGAGACGCUGCCAGCUCUGGAAGUACUUGAGUCUGAGAACUCCUCGAUGGUCUCAGGCCGCACCGGAGAAGACCAGCAUGGCGGUCCAUCACCAGAACGACUACGCAUAAGGUCACGCCCACUGCUUGUGCAUCUGGACAAGCUGACUAGUAGUAUACCGAUGAACUUUUCGGAACAGGAACAGUUGGAUGGGACAGUGGUUUACAGCAGCGUUUUGUUUCUUCGGCCUUUCAAAUACUUCGUCAAGAACCAUCGCCCCAUCAGAGAAAGUAUCGUGGACGUGGAGGCCAGGAUUCAGGCGGACGUGUCUGCCAAAUUGACAUCUGCUUCAAAUUUGGGGCAACGGUCCAACCCACAGCGGAAAGCACUAUUUGAAGACGCAGACCUGCUGGAAGAUCUCAAGCUACUGAUUGACUUUAUCGACAAUAACUUGAAACCCACGCUCAACCUCCGAGAGCAACUCAAGGACGGAACAGCCAAGGAAAUUGAAUACGGUGAUCUGUGGCAUCUCUUCGAGAGAGGAGAUAUCGUUGUCCCCAAAACCGAACAAAAUCACGCUUACCGAGUAGUCAACUUUGCCGGCGGUCGCGAGCUCCUCAGCUACAAAAUCGACGCCGAAAAGAAGGAAACGCAGGCACCCUUGGAUGGAUUCAUCGUGGAUUGCAUUAACCUGAGCUACGAUGGAUCUUCGUACGUCCCGAAACUUACCAAGGUAACCAUUAAAAAGUUUUAUGGGAGCCAACCGAUCACAUCUUUACCAAUCUAUCCUCUGAAGUUUGCGCACAACAGCGAAACCUUGCGCGAAACAUUCACAGAGAAUGGAAAGAGAUUCAUCGACUUGACGGACAAGGCUUACUGCCACAAGCUCUUCAGGGGCAAAACUCUUGAUGAGCCACCACACGAAAUGGAGGCUCAAGUCAUCGUGGAUACGACGCUAGCCAUCGUUGAGAACCCAAAAUGGCGGCUAGACUCAAGCAUUCCAAUCGACGACUUCACCAAAAUGGAUAGAAGAGAGACAACCGCAGAACCUUGGUGUGGUCAUGGGGCCGAGACUUGUUGUGGGGGUGACUUUGUGUACAAAGACGGCGUGAUCGACGAGGCCAAAUCUCAGGAUUUCCUACGAGAGAUGUCUUGGACUCUCGGACCGCUCCAGGCGGAGGAUUUGGGGAAAGACGACCUCAUGUUGAUGCAACACUAUGUCCACGCUUUUGGAUUGCGGUCACGGCAAUGGAUCACCGUUUUAUCAAAAGACCUCAGCGAUGUCAAGUUCGCUAACAGCUUCGACGAUUUGGUCCUUCCCGGCAAGCAUGGGCCUACCGUUCGCGCCCUUGUCGACAACCACGAGGCUCUGAGGGCAACGCAAUCUGCGAAGUCUCCUUCGCCAACCAGACGCAGCGUAGGAUCAUGUCUUGAUCUAGUCCAAGGCAAGGGGGCGGGGCUGAUUAUUCUUUUGCACGGCCCUCCAGGUGUCGGUAAAACGUCGACAGCAGAGUGCGUUGCCGAUGACACGCAACGACCGCUCUAUCCCAUCACGUGUGGAGAUAUUGGCGACACUGCCCUCGAAGUCGAGAAGAACCUUCAGCACAACUUCCAGCUUGCUCACAAAUGGGGAUGCGUUUUAUUGCUCGACGAGGCCGACGUAUUUCUUGCUAAGAGAAGCAAGAGCGACCUACGCCACAACGCCGUUACGAGUGUCUUUCUUCGAAGCCUGGAGUACUACGCCGGUAUUUUGUUCUUGACUACGAAUAGGGUAGGCACUAUGGAUCCCGCGUUCAAGUCUCGGAUCCAACUGUGUCUCUUCUAUCCCAAGCUCGAACUCGACGUAACGAAGAAGCUGUAUAAGAUGUUCAUCAAGCGAGCCAAGGAGGAACAAGCUGAACGGGGUAGUCGAGACUUCGUGAUCAACAAGUCUGAGAUCAUGGAGUUCGCCAAAGAGAAUUUCCGAGACCUCUCGAGCAAGAAGCGAGAUACAUGGAAUGGCAGACAAAUUCGAAAUGCAUUCCAAACAGCCAUAGCUCUAACUGAGCACGAAGGCAAAUCACGCAAACCGGAAGAUCCUUUGCCAGUGCUCGGAAAGGAGCAGUUCAGAACGGUGGCGAGUGGAUUCGACAAAUUCGACGAGUAUCUCAUCGCAACGGUGGGUCGCUCGGAGAGUGACGAAGCCCGCCGCGAUAGUUGGAGAAAUGACCAUUACAUGACCAUGCCUCCAUACUCGCAAAUGCCAGCUAUGCCAGCACCUAUUUCAAUGCAGAGAAGCAUGUAUCCAGGUCAGCAACCACAGGUCACCGUGCCAACUGCAGCUGGAGUGGAUAGUGAUACGGACGACUCGGACUCGGAGACGGACAGCGACGAGGAAAAGGCUGGUAAACGUCAUGGUAACAUGAAGAGUCGAACAGACAAGAGCUCGGACCUAGGGCCGACUGGACAGCAGGAGCAGAUGGUCACGCUCACCAUAGAACAGUUGGAGUCCAUGCUCAAAUCUCGGGAGGGACAGGGAAAACGGUGA